UCUCUCGAGCAGGCAAAAGUUAUACUAGUAGAUGCUCCAGAUUCUAAUAAGAUUCUGCGUUUAAUCAGUUCGAUAUGGUGACUUACCAUCCCCCAGGACUUGAAGGAUGGGAUAUUGUUGUAGUUGUGUUGUACUUCGUAGUUAUUCUCGGCGUGGGAUUUUUCGCGAUGUUCAAGUCCAACCGGAGUACAGUUAGUGGAUAUUUUCUUGCUGGGAGAUUUAUGACAUGGCUACCGGUUGGUGCUUCCUUGUUUGCCAGUAACAUCGGCAGUGAACACUUCAUUGGGUUGGCAGGUUCUGGUGCUGCUGCAGGCAUUGGAGUUGGAGCAUUUGAAUUUAAUGCCUUGAUUCUUCUUCAGUUCCUAGGUUGGGUGUUUAUACCAGUAUACAUUGCUGGAGGGGUUUGUACACUACCCGAGUAUCUUCACAGGAGAUAUGGGGGACAAAGGAUCCGCAUCUGGCUGUCUGUUCUUUCACUGCUGCUGUACAUCUUUACCAAGAUUUCUGUUAACCUUUUUUCAGGAGCCCUUUUUAUUCGGCUGGCUUUGGGAUGGAAUCUUUAUCUGGCCAUUCUCCUCCUGUUAUUUAUGACUUUUCUUUGUACAGUCACAGGUGGCCUUGCUGCUGUAAUUUAUACAGACACUCUUUGCACAUUUCUGAUGUCUGUUGGAUCAUUGACAGUCAUGGGAAUGGGAUUUGCGGAGAUUGGCGGUUACAGUGGCCUUAAAGAAAAGUACAUGCUAGCUGUAUCCAAUGACACACUGUAUUCAAACAGUACAUGUGGAAGACCUCGUCCUGACUCAUUCACCAUGCUAAGAGAGCCUCUGCAUUCUGAUAUGCCAUGGGCUGGAUUUAUUUUUGGCCAGACUAUAGCAUCUAUUUGGUACUGGUGUGCUGAUCAGGUAAUAGUUCAACGUGCUCUUGCUGCCAAGAGUCUAUCUCAUGCACAAGGUGGAUGUCUUCUAGCUGGAUACAUCAAGAUAUUACCUCUCUUCACUCUUGUCAUGCCAGGAAUGAUCAGCCGUGUCUUAUCACCAGAUCGUGUGGCUUGCAGCGUACCAGAGAAGUGUAUGGAGAUCUGUGGUAGUGAAGUUGGUUGUACAAACAUUGCAUACCCAGAGCUUGUGCUAAAACUAAUGCCCACAGGACUUCGUGGUCUUAUGAUGGCAGUGAUGAUGGCUGCUCUGAUGAGUGACUUGACAUCCAUCUUUAACAGUGCCAGCACUCUCUUCACUAUUGAUGUGUAUGGCUUGUUUAGAAAGAAAGCAUCUGUGAGGGAACUGAUGAUUGUUGGAAGGGUGAUGGUUGCUAUCAUGACAAUCAUUGGUAUCUUGUGGAUUCCUGUUGUGCAGAACGUACAAGGUGGUCAGUUAUUCAUUUACAUCCAAGCCGUUAGUGCACACUUCUCGCCACCAAUUGCAUGCCUUUAUCUAAUAUCAAUAUUUUGGACAAAGGCAACAGAGAAGGGUGCAUUUUGGGGAAUGAUGAUGGGAUUUGUGAUUGGUGUCAUCAGAAUGGUUUUAGACUUUACUUACCAAGCUCCAAAGUGUGGAGAGUCAGAUCAACGCCCAGCCAUCACAAAGGACCUUCACUACAUGUACUUUGCUCUGGUUUUGUUCUGGAUAACUGGUAUUGCAAUAGUGGUGAUCAGUCUGUUUACUAAACCAUCUGAGGGAGCCAAUACUUCACGACUAACAUGGUGGACUCGUUAUGACAGCCCAGCUGAAAGUAAAUACUCUGGAGAGACAGGCAAGGGCAAGGAAGUUCUACUUGAUGACAUAAACAAGUCAGUAAAACUGACCAAAAUGACUUAUCGUGAUGAAAAUAAUGAUGCUGAAAAAGAAAACAAAGAAGAAAAAGGGGAGAAGGAGGAUUCGCUCAUUGAUCAAGAAAAAGCUUUGGGUAGUGAUGAACGCAAGAGCGACAUUGUUAUCAUAGAUGCCAAACGUUCUCCCAUUCGGAGGUUCUACAACUGGUUCUGUGGCUAUGAAACUGGAAGUGAAGAAGCAGUAAAAGCAGCAAUAGAGCAAGAACAAAGAAUAAGCAUUGUAACAUCCCUGGAGCAAGAUCCAAGAGCCAAGAUUUUUCUUCAGGUCAAUGUUGCCAUAAUCCUUUGCAUUGGGCUUGCUUUGUACAUUUAUUUCUCUGUCUAAUUUACGUCUUUGCAUAUCUAGCAUAAUACGAUAAUGUAAGCAACAACAUUUUAAUGCGACAUUCUUCAAAAAAGACUAGUAGCUGGGAACUGUGAAAGGGACUAUUAACAGCAUGAACUAAAUAAACAGAAGACUCCUUUACUUAGAACAGUUGUUGUACAGCACAAGCAUUUUUGAAGGAUUAUCUCUUUCUAAAAUGAUUCCAUGACAAGAAUUCACAAAUUAUAAUUUGCAGCAGUUAAUUGUUUAUAUUUUAGUAUUUUUAAAAAAUUAAUCAAAACUCUUAAACAUCACUCAUUCCAAGUCAGUCAAUUAAAAAGUGUGCUUUUAAGUACUUGAGUACUGUUAAAAAUGUUUAAAAAUAGAACAUUUAGAUAAUUUCAUUCGAUUAAGUUAUAUAAUCACCAAGGUGUUUAAGAUUUACUAAAUAUAUUGGGUUUAAGUAGAGUGUUGUAUUUUAAAAGAAUGAUAUAUUCAAAAGUAGUUUGGUAAUAGAACAGACUAUAGAAUAACCUAGAGUAAUGCUACAUACAAACCACAGUAUGUAUUUUGUUUUGUUUUAAUAAUAAACACUUAAUUAGCUUA